UCGAGUUCUAGUGCUGCAGUAGUGGACACACAGCUCUGCAAUGAAGAUCUUCAUUUCACUCGUUCUAGCUCUGGUUUUUGCAAUUGCUCCUGCAGAAUCGAGCUUCCCAAAGCCGGGAAGAUUGGAUCUAUCAAAGUGCACCGAGGUGAUCCGGUUCUACUUGCACGACCAGUUCACCGGGAGCAAUCGGACUUCAGCAGUCGUCCUGCCUCCUCUCAACAACGAAACGUUGUUUGGUCAGGUUGCGAUCAUAGAUGACAAGCUGACUAAAGAGUCCCCGAUCAACUCCAAGCUUGUGGGAAGAGCCAAGGGUUUUCUGGUGUUAGAUUCACUGAGCAGCAGCAGCUUUCUCCAGAGCAUGACGGUGGAGCUGGAAGGGCGGAAAGGUACAAUAGUGUUCCAUGGUCAGAACCCAUUCACUGAGUCUCAAAGGGAAAUCGCUAUUGUUGGGGGCACAGGAGAGUUCAGGAACGUUCAGGGCUACGCAUUAACAAGCUCAGUUGGAUCUGAACCUGGUGGGAACAUUGCAGUCUACGAAGCUCAUCUGCUGAGGCUCUGGGAAUGCUUCAAGCCAUGAAACUCAUAUUCUACUCUUAAUAUAUAGGUACCACGUUUUCUAUAAAAUGUGAUAAUUCAUAUAAUAAAACGCUCCACCGGGCCUCCUGGGCCGUCCGAUCGUGAGAUCCGGGCCGUCCAAAAUAA